AAAAAAAAAAAAAAAAGAAAGAAAAAGAAAAAGAAAAAGAAAAAACAAUAUGAUAACAGCAGAACCAUCGCCUUCAGUCCAAACAACGUUAGAAGAAGGCUUCUUUGAUCCACUCUACAAAGUACAGAUACCAGACAAAGAACUUAAUGAACUGAUAUCGAAACAAGCUUCUUUGAAGCCUGAGGAGCUCUUAAGCGAGUUUGAUACGAUUACCCAGCGUAUCACACUAUGGCUAGAAACUGCUCACAUGAUUGCUUUUACAAUCGAACAAAAUGUAAAGCGAGGCGACACUAUAGUGGAACUCUAUACGGUGGAACCCCUCGAACUUUCUUGCAAUAAAGUACAGCCCCUGAUACAACUUUUGGCGGAAUUUGUAGAUGAACAAGACGAACUCAAUAGUAACUAUCAAACCAAGUUAAAAUGGACUAAAAUACAGUCAGAAUGGUCUGGUCUACAACACUUUAUUUCUUUUGUAAAGAACUUGAUUGAGGAAUCCAACGAGAAGUUUCAUCUGAGAACUUUGAUGGAGAAUAUUUUGUUACAGAUUGAUGACUUGUCAAUCAUGAUUUUUCAGUUUCAAGAAAAGAGGCAUAUUGCUGCUGUUACAAUUAGCCCUGCAACGCCACCUCCAGAGGCAAAUACGGCAGUAGAAGAACAAUCAAAGAAGGAAGAUAGUAUUUUACUCGAAAUCGAUAACCGAGUAGGUCCUUUGUUCACAAGCGUUGAAAAGGUCUAUACGCGUAUGACGUCUCCGAAUCCACCUCAAGAUAACACAGGUCUUUUGACACGUAAACAUUUGCUCGUACAAGAGCGCUGGGAGUGUCUCCGCGUAGAAAUCGAUGAACUUAAAAUGGAACUCAAAGAGGAUCGUUGGCUUGUCGUCUUUAAGCAAGUCGCUGAUCAAGUAGACGAAAUGAUGAAUGGACUUGAUAAAACAGUAGCUCAAUGCUAUUCAACAAUACAACAGAUAAAGGAACAUGGCGUCAAUUAUCUCAUUACUAGUUCUUCUUCCACUACCUCAAACUCCUCCUCCUCUACUACAAACACAAUCAACUCUUCAUCAAAUACAACACCUGGCAUGGUUGAUCUGAAAACUAAGCUUCGAUCUGUCGAAAAGAAUUUUGAGGCUAAAUACAAGUAUUACACACCUUCCAUUGCAAAAAUGCUAAUGAUGCUUGGGAACGGAAUUGCUGCACGCGUGUCCCGAAAUGUUGCAACGUUACAACGUCAUGAGGCCAUGCUAGCAAGAUGGGACAAUCUCAAGGCAACAAUGGAUCAUUUGCGCAAACGAGAUUUGCCUGAUAUAGUCGUGGUUGAAUCGACCAUGUCAGAUAACACAUCAAAUGCUGGUUGUUGGUCUCGUCUUAGUGACCGUAGUGACAGUACUGCCGGUAGCAUCAGUAACUGGAAAGAUUUGCUUCCGCCAAGUUCAACACCCACGACUGCUCGUUUUAUUCACAACAAAUCGUCAUCUCCUUCCUUAAGCAGUCAUAUGGACGAGACAAAUAGUAUGGAUUUUGUCAGAUCAAGAAGCCCAUACAACACCAAGUUCAAUAACCAUAGUCCAUCGCCUUCUUUGUUUAUUGAAGAAAAGAGCCGUAGGACAACACCGGGUGAUCAUCAUCUUUGGCGCUCUAUGAAUGGUGGCUCUGCUUCACCCAACAAUGGAGGCAGGAGAACAGCCAGUCCUUCUUUCUAUACUCGGGAUAGUUUUAGUCCUAUCAGUAGUGGGCUUCGACCUAGUUCGAUUAGCCCCUCUAGUAGCAGAACAACACAGACAACACAAGUGGCUACACCCACCAUGAUCCGUCUUCACAAUAGGUCACCAGACAUUGUUGAAGAAGAAGAGGACGACGAUAUGAUAUCGACAAAGGACUUUAGAAGGCCAACUAUCAGAUCCAAGAGUAGUUUAUCAGCAAAUCAACCAAACCAGCAUUUAGGAACAAGAUCGGUUACACCAAGUAUACGCCGUAGUGGAACACCUUCCAUGAUUCCAAGACCCAAGACACCUAAUACAAACAAGAACCUAAAGUUAGACAGCAGCAGACCCAGAUCAUCUAUGGCGCGUAUUACAAACCUUACCUCUCCCAAAUUAAAUCGAUCACAAUCUCCCUUUACUUCUGCCACCACCACCACUACUAAAAGCAAUUCUAAAUAUUAUAAACCUGACCCCAAAGACCCUUUGGAUAAAGAAGUUGCCAUGAUAGUUAAUCGAAGUCCAAUACCAAUCCAAUGCUCCAAGAAGCAAGGUGGUGGAGAUGGAAGGUAUUAUUUUGGUAAUGAAUUAACGCCAUCGCUGGGAGGUGGUAAAAAGAUUUAUACUUGUAAAUUGAUGACUUAUGAAAAUAGUGGAAGAAACAAAGUAUUGAUUCGUGUCGGUGGUGGCUGGCAAGAUCUAGAGAUCUUUUUGCUUGAACACAUGAACUUGAUUGGAUAAGCCAUAAAAUUAAAUAAAGAAAUAUAUUUUGAUGGAUAUUUGUUUAAGUUAUUGAAAUAAAAGACCGAAAAGAUAA